AUGAAUUCUGACUUAAAGUCAGUACUUUGCUGGGUAAAGAGUCGAAAAACUUAUGUGGCCUCAGUCCCCAAUGUCACUUUUCGCGUCAAAGCGUCGACGAAAUUCGGCGAAACUGUUCGAGGAUUUUCCGAUGGCGAAGGAGUGGUUAGUGAGCUGAAAUGGGAAAAUCUUAUAUCGCUGGCACCGACUUGUCUUGAGAUAAAUCACUCCCGCAAUCCUUUCCCCGAGCUGCUACAAAAGUUACUCAAUGGGCAAAGUGAAGAGCUAAUCAAAUUCUUUUCCCGUUUACGAACCGUGUCAAUUUUUGGAGCCGACAUAAAAGCAGCCGAUUUGACAUCAUUCUUCAAAAACCUUUCGCUACUGGCUGCAUUUUCCUAUUCGGAUUUUUAUCCAGAGGACGGAGAUUGGACGAGAUUGGCACAAGAAUUAUCAACGCUGCAACUUCGAGCGCUUGAUGCCUCAGGUGGUCGAGGGGUCGUUGAUGAUCUACUCGCUAAAGUCGAUAUUUCUCUUUUGCGCUUAUCUGGCAAUCCGGGUUUUCGAGUUUCAGAAUUUCAGAAAUCUUCUUCGAUUUUCCCGACCGUCAGAGUUCUAGCUGUCUCCGAGUUACUGGAUGAGUCGGAUACAGACGCAGAAAAGCUUCUUUCAAUUUUGACGCAAAAAUUCCCGUCACUUGAAGCGCUGAUCUUUGACUGGAGUGUCGUUGAUCCGGGAGUGAUGAUUGAUGAGCGAACGAAGAAAAUCGUUAAACAAUUGGUAGAUCUCACAAAAAAUUUGGAAGCUUUUGCCAUUAUUGCGUAUACGCCAUGCCCUGAUACGAAAGCAGCCACUGGCGAGAUUGCAAGACUGUUAGCUGAAGGUGGCCUGCACGAAAUGAGAUGGCGGCAGUUCGCCUCACGCGGACUCUCCAACGAUAAACCGAACUUCUCACUUUUGAUCGGUGGCUCAAGCGCUGCUUUGAGAGAGCGAAUCGAGGAGGCUUUCGUGGAAAGACGCCAAUCUUCUCCUCAUAUCCGUCAUCUAUUGCCACUCAUCGAUUCGGACACAAAUUUGCAUAAACCUUCUCUUGUCAUCGAUUUCGGCGGAAUGGACUCCGCGCAGAUACAGAGAGAUUUGGAGAAUCGAAAUUUCACUCAAGCAGAA